CCCAUCAUUGUAGGAGCAUCAUAAAGUUAAGCUCAGGCGGCAGUAUGAAUUUGAUUUUGAUAGCCGCCGUGGUUGCGGUGUGCGGAGCCGCAAAACUGGACCGCACUUACUUACCGCCAGUGUCAGCCAAAACUGCUGGCGGUAGUCCAGGGUCCUUACAAACUCCGUUCGCUGGAAACUCCUUCAAUGAAGGAGCCAGCAACCUCCCAAAAGGCAGCUUCACUAACGAAUUCCAAGGAGUGGUAGUUGACGCAGCUGCUGCUGGUACUAGAGCCUCUGGAGAAGGUGAAACGGGACUUGGAGGUCCUCGUGUGUCCUAUGGCUCAACUGAUUCCAGAGUGGGCGAAGCUGCUUUUAGAGAUGCUCCCAACUUCCGACCUUUCCCUGGACAGGAUUCUGUAGAAAGCCAAAGUCAACAGAGUGACAGUCAGACAGCAAGCGCCUCUCAAGAAUUCAACCAGAACAGAUUCAAUUCAUUCGGAGAAUCGAAACCUGAGCGUGCUCAAGCUGCUUUCGACCGUGUGGCCAACACCUUAAGAUUCGAAAACGAGGUUGGACCUGAAUCUUAUCACUACGCCUACGAGACUGACAAUGGAAUAUCUGCUGAGGAAAAUGGUCUGGCCAUCAAUGGUGUUCAAGCACAGGGUGGUUUUUCAUACACUGGUGACGAUGGGAAGGUUUACAGCGUUUCCUAUAUUGCUGAUGAGGGUGGAUACCAGCCUAGAGGUGAUCAUCUGCCGACUCCACCUCCCAUUCCUGAGGAAAUCUUGAAGGCUCUGGAGAAGAACGCUCAGGAUGAGGCUGCUGGAGUUAUUGACGAUGGCUCAUACGACGCUCAGAAGUACAAUGCGGGCGAUUACGCGGAAAGUGACAGUGGUAACACAGACCACAGUGACCGGCAAUCACCUAUAUUUGGGAAGCAGCCCGAGUCUGACGCAACAGCAAGUGGCACGUUCAUCAACCAGAACAAUCAGGCUUUCGGACCGAACACCAACGCGUUACCUGGACAAAGAGAUUCGUCUAAAGAUUCUCAAAGCUCUGUCAAUGAUUUCGGCUCCGUUGAAAACUUUGGACAGACGUCGCAGCCCGGCCGUGGUAACUCUAACAAUUUUGGCUCCAGAAAGGAAUAUCUACCACCUACCAGUGGUUUUAAUCAGAAUGGCAGGGUUCAGAGACCGUUCACCCCUACUGGAACUAACUCUCCACAGUCCAACCAAUUUGCUGACAGUCGUCCAACUUUUGCUUCUUCUGGUAAUGUCGAAGCUCAAAACUACCAAGGAACUCAGUCAUCAUCCACCUUUGCCAGGCCAGGCUCCAACAGAUUAGAUGUUCUCGCCCAAAGCGCUUCAAAGGAAAACUCACAAGAGAAAAAUGACUUUGCGCCAUCGUCAAACAACAACUUCGGGCAAUCUGCACAAACUAGUCAAAACUCUGGAAGCAGUCUUGGCUCUAGGACGGAAUACUUGCCACCUGUUAACCGAUUUGGCCAAAAUGGAAGAACUCCAACUCUGCGUCCUCAGAGACCUACUGCAUCGGCUGAAGCAACCUCGACUGCAAGCUUCAAUGCGUUUUCUCAAAAUACUGGAUCAUUCCAAUCUAACAAUGAAGCCGGGCAAUCCAGUUCUUCAGGACUUGUAUCUGGAACAGCUGAUAGGUUCAGCGGUUUCCAACAGCGCCCCCAGUCUUUUAACAAUCAAUACUCCCAGAACCGUUUCCAGGCUAGUCAGAAUGGUCAAAGCCAAAAUCAGGGAGACGAUGUUUCAUCAGACGCCAGUUUUGGUGCCAUUAACUCUCAACGCCCAACAUCUCAGCCUAGCACUGAACUAACGACACCUUUUGAAUCUAACGAACAACCACAGAGCACAUCAAGUCCAUCGACCUCGUUCAAUGCUUUCAAUUCUCCCACGAAUUCCCGCCCAGCUUCGCAAUACAGUCAAAACAACGGCCAAUUCCCUUCUUCGUCUCGCCCUCAGAACCGACCUUCCCAAUCACAAGGCUCCUCUUUCUCCUCUCAGGGACAAUUUAACCGACCAUCCUUCACUUCCAACCAAAUAUCUUCGGAAGGAAGUCUGAACGAGAAUGUUCGUGAUAUCAAUGACGCUCAGUUUUCUCCGAGCACUGUCAGACCUACAUUUGGUCAAGCUCAGGGACAAGAUGAUUCUUAUUAUUAUAGGCAGCCCUCAAAGGCAUUCAACACUCCUUCAGGGUCCAGAUUUCCAGGUGCGUCAUCUGGUCAGUUUGAUAGCGUGAACCAGCAAACGUUGCAGGGCCCCAGUCAAUUCUCUGGAGAAUCUCAGAAAAACUCCUUCCAGUCUCAAAACAUUAAAUAUCCUGAACCCCCUACUGUUCCAACUGCCGCACCUACAGUAUCCUUUGAGCAGUUCCAGGGAAGCACUCCUGCCUCACAGUACACUGAAGCUUCGAUUAGCCCCUUCCAGUCCAUAAACCAAGCUACGACUAAAUACCCCAGGCCCCCAACCAUACCUACUGCUAGUCCCUUCCAGCCUUUGAACCAGGCUACAACUAACUCGGGUAGUUACCCGACCAUACCUACUGCAGCACCGUCACAGUAUAACGGAAACCUCCAAACUACUGCAUCAUCAUUUGCGUCAGCACCAACUGGUUCCUUUGGCUCAAGGCCUUCAUACCAGCAGCCUGCUCAGUCUAACUACCAAAGUCAACCUCAGGGAUCUUCGCAGUUCUCUCAGACCGUAGGAUCAAGUCAAGAUGCUGCUAAAGAUGACUCAGAACCACAAGUAGCCACCCAGCAAUACAAUGGAGAGAUUUAUGAGUACAGCAAACCGGCUCAAAGUCUUCCUGCUCCUGCUCAGAAAGAGACCACUUCAGGUGUUCAACAAGGUCAGAACAGAAUUCCUGAAUCCCAACCUACCCGAUCUCAAUUCGAUGCCACUCAGGGUAGCAGUAAUGUUCAGGAAUACACACAGCAACCAUCCAGGCCUACCUUUGGAGCGAGACCACAAUUUGGUUCUCAGACUAGGCCUCAGUUUGGUCAGUUCAAUUCACAAGAGCAGCCUACUCAGGAAUCGAGACCCCAAUCGAAUGCUCAAUCCUCAUUUGAAGGUUCUCAGGAGAACCAAAGGCCAGCUCAGAGCAACCGUUCCAAAUGUUGCCAGUCAUUAGACUCUCGUCUGCAAUCUUUCAGAGGGACGCAGGGUACUAAUCAAGGUCAGUUCGGCUCCCAAUUCCCUGGAUCACCUUCCCAGACUGUGAGCCAAAACACAGGACGAGGUGAGGUCUUCGGAGGACCCCGAAAACCUCCCAGCUUCGACCAGGAAACCGGCUACCAUUAUUAAGCAAGUGCCAUGAUGAAUUAUUUAAACUAUUAAUAGGUAAAAGUGGUGUCUGGUGACAAAAACGUGAUAAAAAAUGAUGGUAACGUGUAUUUAAUUUAUGAUAUUGAAUGUAAAAUUGAAAAAAUGGUGAUGACAUCAUUAAGUAUUUAUUAGGAUGAUAA